AUGGCAGCUGUUCUCCCUCCAUCAACUCUAUGCCCGGCCCUUCGCCAACAAUCCUCAUUGCUCUCCUUAUGUCUUAGAUCCAAUUCGAUGUCUCUACAGAGCAAGCCAUCAACUUCCUCACUAUUACAAAUUUUAACCCGGACGCGAAUAUGCAGAUCUCAAUCUCUAAACCGGCCCUUCCAAUUGGCCUCUUCUCUCUCAUCCCUUUCCACACAAUCCCGACACCUCACAACUAAAAUCCCACGCCCUUUCUCCAAAUUCAGCUCUACAAAAACCAACCAACCCACCACUCAACCUGCUCCUGCCCAUCCCCCUCUUCCCCUUACGAAUCUGCCUUACUUCAUCCGCCGUACUCCUUCCAACCAACUACCCAUCUAUUUGGUCACUAAAGCUGGUGGUACCAAGCAGGAGACGAAAAUCCAGAAAACAGAGGGAGAUGUGGAUGCGCUAUGUUCAGAUCUGGCAAAAACUCUAGGGAUUGAGCCGGAAUCCAAAGACAUAUAUGUCAAUCGAUUAAAUGGACAUGUGGUUGUUAAGGGAUGGCGGAAACCGGAAAUACAACAAUUCCUAUUAGACCGAAAAUUCUAA